CCAAGGCAAGCACGACACAGCGCCUGUGCGCCUUCGAAGGCUACGAUUGCUAAGGCCAGAAAGAGCUUGGAUAUGUGCGCGAUGCUUCGAUAAACAUGCUCACUGACUUCCGCUCGACCACCGCCCGCCGACCGUCUGCCCCUCCUCGGCCAUUCCUACACUCGUGCCUUUCGUAACGACCGCAAGACUACCCGUGAGCGCCCGCAGCCAUGUUCGAGAAAUCUCUCUAUGAUCUCAUCCGCGGCCUGCGCACCCACAAGGGCUCAGAGAAGGAGUACAUUGCCGACAGCAUCAAAGAAUGUCGGCAAGAGAUCCGCUCCAACGACAUGGACCUCAAGUCCACCGCGCUGAUGAAGCUCACGUACCUCGAGAUGUUUGGCCACGACAUGUCUUGGGCCUCCUUCAACGUUCUGGAGGUCAUGUCGAGCCCCAAGUUCCGCCAUAAGCGCACAGGAUACCUGGCUGCAGUACAGAGUUUCCGCAGAGACACCGAGGUGCUGGUGCUCGCGGAGAACCAGCUGAAGAAGGACAUUAUGCUGCCUACGCCGCCGUUCAUCUCGCUCCCGCUUGGCGCUAUACCGCAUGUCAUAAACCCGAGCAUGGCCAAUUCCGUGCUGUCAGACCUCAUACCGCGACUGACCCAUUCGAGUCCGCAAAUCCGGAAGAAGACUGUGGUCACGUUAUACCGACUUGCGCUUGUAUACCCGGAAACCUUGCGACCUGCAUGGCCAAAAAUCAAGGAGCGACUUCUGGACGAGAACGAGGAUCCAAGUGUAACCGCUGCCAUUGUCAACGUCGUCUGCGAGCUGGGAUGGAGAAGACCCCAGGACUUUCUGCCACUUGCGCCGCGCCUCUUUGACCUUUUAGUCGAGGGAGGAAACAAUUGGAUGGCCAUCAAGCUCAUCAAGCUUUUUGCGACGUUAACACCCCUCGAGCCUCGAUUGAUCAAGAAGCUGUUACCACCUUUGACGAAGAUAAUUCGUGAAACAUCCGCCAUGUCCCUAUUGUACGAAUGCAUCAGCGGCAUAAUACAGGGAGGCAUCCUGGAGGCUGUUGAAGGCACCACAGAAGGCGAAGAAGUAGCAAAGCUGUGUGUUGGCAAGCUGCGAGGCAUGAUGGUCAUAGAAGGCGACUCCAACUUAAAAUAUGUUGCGCUACUGGCUUUCGAGAAGAUCGUUGGCUCACAUCCAUACCUGGUCGGCCAGCAACAAGACGUAAUACUAGAGUGCAUCGACGAUCCGGACAUCUCGAUACGAACGCGAGCCUUGGACCUUGUCGUCGGCAUGGUGAACCCAGAUAACCUUACUGCGAUCGUGGGACGCCUAAUGCGCCAACUGCGGAACGCACCCGUUGCUACUGGAGCAGAGGAGCCCGAAAAAGACCGCUCCAGGAACACUGGCGUAGUGCCUUAUGCUGAUUCCGACGACGAAGAUGCAGAAGAGGCGCUUCCAUCACACGAGCAAAGAUCUGACCAGCCGCCACCAUUGCCGGACGAUUACAGAACAACCGUCAUUCGAAGGAUCCUGGAGAUGUGCUCGCGCGAUACGUACAGCAAUGUCACCGACUUCGAGUGGUACAUCGACGUCUUGACACAACUUGUCCGAGUUUCGCCUGCUGCCAAGCAUGCGGCAACCUCAGCAGACGACGAGGAUUCCGAACAUUAUGACGAUGUAGGUGCCAGAAUCGGCCACGAGUUACAGAAUGUUGCGGUGCGAGUCAGAAGCGUACGACACGAGGCUGUGGACGCUGCGCAGUCGCUUGUGCUUGUGGAUCGCAGAGAUCGCAUGUUCCCAGCCUCAGGCAACGGUGGACAGGGUGUUCUUGGAUACGCUGGCUGGCUUGUUGGUGAAUACGCAACAUACCUGUCCCAGCCGGAGCCAGUCAUGACAUCGCUAUUACAUCCUGCGUCCCUACAACUAUCUUCAAAAACGCUUGCUGUAUAUCUUCAGGCGAUUCCCAAGGUCUUCUCGAGCAUGGCUGGCAAUGAACGAAUAUCUUGGACUCCGGAACGAAAGACACUGAUGUCUUUGCUCAUGGCUCGCAUUAUACACUUUCUUGAACCGCUGUCAACACACCCCAGUCUUGAGGUUCAGGAGCGUGCUGUGGAAUAUCUUGAGUUGAUGCGAUUAGCAGCAGAGGCAGCCUCGGGCGCACCGACUGAUGCAGAAGGAGACUUCACGGAACCGCCACUCCUCUUGACACAAGCCAUACCUGCGCUGUUCUCCAGCGCCGAACUCAACCCAGUUGCACCAGGUGCUCAGCGCAAGGUACCUGUACCAGAUGACCUCGACCUCGACACUCCAAUCAAUCCCAAUCUCCACAUGCUCCUCUCACAAGCCGAGCAAGAAGGCUUUGAAGCAGAAGAAGACGAUGUCUACGCCGCCUACAGCGAUCCCAUCGCAUCAUACACUUCCGCUGAACCCACACCAGCCCCAGCAGCCGACCGUCUUGACACGCCCAAUAGAGAACCGGCAUCCUACCAAAACGCCGUGGAAGAAGAGUAUCUAGAUCCCGACAUCAUCGCGCGGCGUAAAGCCGAGCGCAAAGAACGUUACAAAGACGAUCCCUUCUACAUCGACCCCGAAGGCGGCACGGGCGCCGUUACACCACUCAGCAGAAUCGUGCGCGACGGCAACAAAGACGGCGAUCUAGACAUCGACAGCAUACCGAUCAUGGACCUGGAUCUCUCCACCAGCCGUCACGCAUCGUCCGACAACGUCCCGCGCGCCCGCAGCCCGCGCAAGCCUGUGCGCCGCGUCGAAAUCAUGGGCGACGAGACGCUGGGCCCGGCGUCUGCGGAUCCGGAGCGCGAGGACAUCGUUGCGCCAAAAGCCACGAAUGCACGCAACAAGAAGUCCUUGCUGCAGGUUGAUAGCGCGGGGCUCGCGUCACUGUCCCUCGACGACGACUCGAGCUCGAAUCGCCGCCUCACUGCGCUAGAAAUCGAGCGCAAGGAGCAGGAGGAAGCUGAGAUGGCGCGCGCGCUGCAGGCAAUUGAACGGAGCAGGCUGGAGAUGCAGAGGGCGAGUGAAAGGGUUGAGUACAAUGAGGAGGGCGUAGUCAAGAAAAAGAAGAAGAAGGUUAGGAGAGUUGCUGUUGAGGGUGAUGACGUGGCGGCUGCACCGCAGGGUAUGGAAGGGGAGGACGGAGAUGCGCAGCCGGUCAAGAAGAAGAAAAAGAAGAAGGUGAAGUCUGCGGAGGCCCUAGCGGGCGCUGAAGGGGAUGCACCGGAGGGAGAGGUAAAGAAAAAGAAGAAGAAGAAGAGGGUUGUGGUCAUGGACGAGUGAAUUUAGCAUAGCAGCGGCGUGGGGAGGU